GGGGAAAAGGGAAAAGAAAAAAAAUAGCUUCACUAACAUCAUCGAACAUCAAAUAUCAAACAGCAUCAAAACGUACAACAGCCAGUCAUUUACACAAUCUUCGGACAAGUAGAAUACCACAGGAUCGACAUACUUAAUCGGACCAAUCCUAAAAAUAUCCGAGGUAGCUACCUGCUACUUACACACUAGUAGAGGAUAUUGUGUUUAGUUCAACCAUUCCACAAUAAAUUACAAAUCUACCUACUUACAUAGAUCAUCACGAGUCCAGAUGAACAGGGACCAAUGUUGACAGAAAGUUACUUCGUGUCCGUGGCUGGACAGCCAUUAUCUAACAACACCACCAUCUCAAAAGAUGCCGGGAUUUAUGAGCAUACACUCCACCCCAGCCAUUCGACGACAAGUACCUUUAAGAAAAGCUCUGCCCCCCGUCAUUGUCUGGCUGUGAGCGAUACGCACGUAUUUACAGCCCAGGAGGAGAAAUCAACGGUACACGUCUACUCGAGGGCCAAAGGCAAUCAAGAGGCCUUGGUUACUUUCCCGGAGCGCAUCCGAAGCAUCGCGCUGCAAGACGAUGUGCUCUAUUUGGGCUCGCAAGAGGGCAGGCUUAUCAUAUGGGAGGUCUGCACCGGUAGACAAGUAACUACGUCUGCUUGCCAUGUUCAAGCAAUUACAUGUAUCGCUGUUACACCCUACCACCUUCUCACCGGGUCUGAGGACUCGAACAUCAAUGUCUGGUCUAUCCCCCGCUUGCUAGAACUAGACUCGACCAUCGAACACGAACCUCAAGAGACGCUAUCGAAUCACAGAGCCGCUAUCACGUCUCUUGCUAUCGGUUCAAGCGUAAAUCCGGAUACUAACAUCUGCGUCUCAGCAAGCAAGGACAAGUCUUGUGUCAUCUGGAAUUACCAGCACGGUGUAGCUCUGCGAACAUUGCUAUUCCCGAGCUCGCCACUUUGCGUAUCCCUCGAUCCGUGUGCACGAGCUAUCUAUGUUUCUUCCGAUGACGGCUCGCUGUAUGCAAUUGACUUAUUUGCCGAUAAAGCUCUGCUGGGUCCUCAGAGUAUAGAAGACAGCUCUACGGCCGUUCAAGUUUCCUCGGCCUUUGGCGCUACGCCUCAGGAGGCGGGAGCGGCAUCGUGCAUGGCCUUGAGCUACGAUGGUACGACUUUAAUAACAGGCCACCCGCAAGGCCAGAUUCUACGGUGGGACUUGAGCAGCCGUGCCGACUCCACAGAGCUAACAAACCUCAACGCUUCUGUCACAAACAUAGUCUUUGUCUCUCCACUUCCGACCUCGCGGCCUACCAAGCCAGUUGCUGUCGUGAAGCCGUUCCUGGGAAGCCGCAGUUAUAACUUUACCUCCCAGUUAGAUUCUGAUAUUUCAGAAGAUACGAAGUUCAGCAGGAUGCUUAAAUCUAGCGGACUCCCGCAUGACGUCUUGGAACAAGCCAUCCUCGCCUUCCAGACACCAGCCGAGGACACUGUUGGGGAUCAAGAGCUGAGGAAGGAAAAUGAAGAGUUAUGGGAGGUUAUUAACGAGCAACGUGCCCUCCAGAAAAAGACCUUACAGCGAUACAUCGAAGUUAAAUCUACUGGUUCUUAAAGGGCUAGUUCCAAUGUUCCUUUUCGAUUUCAUCAGCAAGACUGGGCUAUGCAUCUGUGAAUAUUACCCUAUGGACUGGAUAGCACGGCAACACCAGUAGAAAACUUGACUGCAUUGAAAGCUUACAUUCCAUAUACACAACUCGGAUUCAGGCAGAUGUCGGCCUCGGCCUGGGCUUUAUAUAUGGAUGAGAAGUUAGUCUACGCAAACAUUACCCUUAGACUCGUUUGAUCGAUACAGCGUCUGCUCGACUCGGUUAUCUAACACUUGGAAAAGUUUAAUAGUCAAAGAAAGGACGCGAAGAUAGAUAAUAUCCUCGCUGGCUCUUAAUCUAGUGUUUAUUAAGAAACUGUCUCGUUCCAAUAUACCAUGAAUUCCAAGCUAGCAUGUUACGAAGCUUACAGUACCUCAACUUAACUAUUACUUAUUAGAGCCGAGGGUCAUGCCGAGAGGUUAUGGGUUAAUAAUUGGGCCAACAGAGAGUAGUUCUUUACGCAAUUAAAGAGUCUUGACAACUCCAGUCUACGAGGAGAGUUAGUUUACCCAAGGGUGCCGUAUGGCGCACCAGCUUAUGUUAAUCUAGGUACCUAGGUAGGUAGUUGGACGAGUUAACGAUAGCCAAUGUCACUCUGAAUCACAUGAGUUGGGAUAGUGUCAUAAUACUUUAAGCCUCAAUACCACAGUAAUGUAUCAAGGUGAUUAUCUCCAGCAGCCAGGUUGGCGGUUAGCAUCAAGAUC